AAUUAAAGUGAGGGAGAAAGCAAAACGCAAAACAGAAGCGAGAGAAUUUUCGUCAUCAUUUAUAAAUGUCGCGGUCGAACCGUCCCAUGCACAAUUCUGCUCUGUACUCAGACUGAUCACAUUCUCUUCUCUUGUUUUCUCUAAAUUCCCUAACAAUGGCGCUUCCCGCGCAAACCAGUGAGGUUGAUGCAUGGGAAGCGGUCCUCCGUCAAACGAAGGUGGCCGUGGAUACCAACGCCGAUCCUAACGCGUGGGCCUUGGGAGUGACGUCGACGCUUCGCUCCUCCGCCGUCACCCUCCCUUCUGUCGAACUCGCUUACCGCUUGGUCUCUUUCUUCUUUUGGGACAACCACUGCGCCACCGCGUGGAAGCUUCUGCACACCGCCAUGUCCCUCAACUUGCUCCCUUCCUCCCUCCUCAUGGCUCUUCUCUCCGCCACGGUUGUUCCAAGCAGACAACUCUACCCUACUGCUUACAGACUUUAUAUGGAACUCCUCAAGCAACUUGAUGAUAUGCUUGCACGUUGGAAUGUGAACUGUAUCAUUGCACUUGUUCAAUUUGAACUGAACAAAUCCCGCAUGAUACAACCGAAGCCUAAUCUAGCUAGUGAUGUUGCAUUGAGUCUUUGCCUGUGUUUGUUACUUGCAGCAUCAUUAGAUGAUGAAGGGUUAUUAGAUCACACUGCUGAGAAUAAGCCUAGAUGGCUAAGCAGGUCACAUGAUAUGAAUAUUGAUGGACCUGACAGCUUUACUGAAAAGAAAACUGAGCAAGCAGAGGGGUUUCAGAAGAAAAAUACAGCAAUAGCUAUUGAGAUCAUUGCAGAAUUUUUGCAACAGAAAAUGACUUCAAGGAUCCUUUCCUUAGUUCAUUGGAACAUUUGGUCUUCACUCUGGCUUCCUAUUGAUCUUAUCCUGGAAGAUGCUUUGGAUGGAGCACAAGUGGCAGCAUUUAGUGCUAUUGAAAUUAUUACCGGUAUGGUGAAGACUUUACAUGUAGUUAAUGGCACUAUGUGGCACAAUACAUUUUUGGGUUUAUGGGUUGCAGCACUGCGUCUGGUUCAAAGGGUUGGAAUUAUUCUAACAGAAAAGGAGAGGGAUUUAAAAGAAGGUCCUAUACCUCGCCUUGAUACCUGCAUGUGUAUGUUACUGAGCAUUACAACCCUCGUGGUAACUAAUAUUAUAGAAGAAGAGGAAGGUCAACUUAUUGAAGAACCUGAACAUAGCCCUACAAAUCAAGGGAAAAAUAAACUGGCUCUGGGGAAGUGUCAUGGGGAAUUGAUUACCAGCUUACAGCUAUUGGGUGAUUAUGAGUCCUUACUGACACCACCUCAACUUGUUCUUGUGGAAGCCAAUCAAGCUGCUGCCAAAGCUAUUGUGUUCUUAUCAGGAAACCCUUUACUUGCAGCUGGAAACUUGCGACAUCUAAUUGUUGAGGCUUGUAUUGCAAAAAAAUUGCUUGAUACAUCAGCUUAUUUAUGGCCUGGCUAUGUGAAUACAUGCAGCAAUCAAAUUCCUUGUAGCAUUUCUAAUCAUGUGUCUGGCUGGUCAUCGUUGAUGGAGGGAUCACAGCUAACUCCUGCAUUGGUUAAUGUCUUAGUUGCGACUCCAGCUUCCAGCUUGGCAGAGAUUGAGAAAAUAUAUGAAAUUGCAAUCAAUGGUUCAGAUGAAGAAAAGAUAUCUGCUGCUACCAUUCUAUGUGGGGCAUCUCUGGUACGUGGUUGGAAUGUACAGGAGCAUACCGUUCUUUUUAUAACAAAAUUGCUUUCACCUAUAGAUCCUCCUAAUUACUCUGGGGCUGAAAGCCAUUUGACCAGCCAAGCUCCAUUUUUAAACGUUCUUCUUAUUGGAAUCUCAUCUAUGGACUGUGUUCAUAUAUUCUCCCUACAUGGUUUGGUUCCAUUACUUGCACCAGGACUAAUGCUAAUAUGUGAGGUUUUUGGAUCAUGUGUUCCUGAUUCCUCGUGGACACUUGCAAGUGGAGAAAAACUCACUCAUUGGGAAGUAUUCUGUAAUGCGUUUACUCUUUUGCUGAGGUUCUGGCGGUUUGAUCAUCUACCUAUUGAACAAGUGAGGAGCGAUGCAACAACUCCACCAUUUGGAUCACUACCUAGUCCUGAAUGCCUUUUAUUAGUUCGAAACUGUAAAUUGGCAUCAUUUGGAAGAACAGAAAAGGAUCAACAGAGGCUCAAAAGAUGGCCAAAGAUUUUAUGUUUUUCCGUAGAACCUGUAUUCAUGGAUUCCUUUCCAAAAUUAAACUUUUGGUAUCGGAAACAUCAAGAAUGCAUUGCUUCAUUCCGCUCUGGUCUUGUGCCUGGAAGGCCUGUUAAUCAAAUUGUUGAUGCUCUACUCAGCAUGAUGUUUAAGAAGGUAAGUAACGGUGUCAAACCUUCGACACCUACUACUUCAGGAAGCAGCAAUUCAUCUGGGAAUGCAUUGGAUGAUGCUUUAAUGAAACUAAAAGUGCCUGCCUGGGAUAUCCUCGAAGCUAUUCCCUUUGUGCUGGAUUCUGCUCUGACAUCUUGUGCUUAUGGGAAAACCUCUACCCGUGAACUGGCUACAGGUCUCAAAGAUCUAGCCGAUUUUCUUCCAGCUUCUUUGGUUACCAUUGCAAGCUACUUUUCAGCUGAAGUUACACGGGGCAUAUGGAAGCCAUCUUUUAUGAAUGGAACUGACUGGCCUAGCCCUGCUGCAAAUCUAGCACAUAUUGAGCAACAAAUAAAGAAAAUCUUAGCAGCCACAGGUGUCAAUGUCCCAAGCCUUGAUAUAGAUGGGGAUUCUCCAGCUACACUUCCUUUUCCUUUGGCAGCUUUUGUAAGCCUCACAUUAACAUAUAAACUCGACAAGGCCACUGAGCCAUUCCUUGCACUGAUUGCCCCUGCUAUGAAUGCCGUUGCUUCUGGUUGUCCCUGGCCCUCCUUGCCCAUUGUGACCUCUCUGUGGAUCCAGAAGGUGAAGCGUUGGAGUAACUACUUUGUGCUCUCUGCUUCCAGCACUGUUUUCCACCACAACAAGGAUGCUAUAGCUCAACUACUAAAAAGUUGCUUCACAUCCACCCUUGGGUUAGGCUAUGGCAGCAUUUAUAAUAAUGGCGGUGUCAGUGCCCUCCUUGGUGAUGGUUCUGUUUCCCGAAUAUCCAAUGGGAUCUCUCCAGUGGCUCCAGGAAUUCUUUACAUAAGAGUGUACCGGUCUAUUGGAGAUAUCACCUUAUUGAUUAAAGAAAUUGUGCCUAUUUUAAUGCUUUCAGUUACAGACAUUGCAAGUAGUGAUUUGAUGCCCAAGGGGGUUGUAAGGAAACCAAAGAAAACCAAGUUUGGGGUAAAAUAUGGCCAAGUUUCUCUUGCCAGAUCCAUGGCACGUGUCAAGCAUGCCGCUCUACUCGGGGCUUCAUUGGUUUGGAUAUCAGGUGGACAAAAGUUGAUUCAAUAUUUGAUGAGGGAGACUCUGCCUUCCUGGUUUUUAUCAGCUACCAUGUUCGAGCAAGAUGGUGGAGAAUCUGGAGUUAUGGUUGCUAAGCUCAAAGGUUAUGCACUGGCAUUUUUUGUUUUUCUUAGUGCAGCAUUUGCCUGGGGUAUUGACAAUUCGUAUUCACCAAAACAACGGGCAGAGGUUGUCGGCUUGCAUUUGAAAUUUCUUGCAAGCACCCUGAACAGGAACGGAGCAAUGUUUUCUCGUUGUACUACUUGGAAAGCCUAUGUGUCAGGGUUAGUGAGCUUGAUGGUGGGUCAAGCUCCAUCAUGGGUUCGGGAAGUCGAUGCUGAUUUGUUGAAGAGACUGAGCUGGGGAUUAAGUCAGAUGGAUGAACACAAGUUGGCUCUUCGCCUUUUGGAAAUUGGAGGAAUAGGUGUCAUGGGUGCAGCAGCUGAAAUGAUAAUUGGAUUUGAACAUAGAUCUUAAAUCUAUCUGAACUUUCAAACUAUUCUGUAGUUAGACUAGAAAGAUUGGUCAGAUUGACUAUCAUAUCUACCAAAAUAGAAGAAUAAUGCAAACAAGAUCUUUGCAAUGAA